CAUUCAGUGGACCACUCGACGGGCACUUGUCCGGUGGUCGUGGAUGAGCUUAUGUAGACAUAUAUAUAUAUAUAUAUAUAUAUUUGAUGCUGUGUAGAACGAUAUUUUGUGUUUAAUCACUUGCUCGCUGUCCAAACACGACCAGAAAAUAUGAAGUUGAAAAUCGUCGUUUGGAUUAUACACUUUGCGAGCCGCGUAACUGCUCUACCCGAUACGAUCAGAAUCGGGGGUUUGUUUCAUCCAAAUGACAUUAACCAAGAAAAUGUGUUCAAACACGCCAUCCACGAUGUCAACGCCAAUCGGCACAUACUUAGUAGGUCUAACCUCUCAGGCCAGGUAGAAAAAGUAUCGCCUCAAGACAGUUUCCAUGCUUCCAAAAGAGUGUGCAGUCUACUUCGGCUCGGCGUCGCCGCAGUUUUUGGCCCUCAGUCAGCCCAGAUAUCCAGUCACGUCCAGUCCAUUUGUGACACUAUGGAAAUACCACAUUUGGAAACGCGGUGGGACUACAAGCUGAGGCGCGAGAGCUGCUUGGUAAAUCUCUAUCCGCAUCCGACCGUAUUGUCUAAGGCGUACCUGGAUUUGGUAAAAAAAUUGGGCUGGAAGUCGUUCACGAUAAUAUACGAGAGCAACGAAGGUCUGGUGAGGUUGCAAGAGCUGUUGAAAGCCAGGAACGGCGCACUCUCGGCUUACCCGAUCACAAUCCGCCAGUUGGGCUCCGGCCGAGAUCACAGGCCACUGUUGAAGCAGAUAAAAAAUUCGGCAGAAUCGCACGUCGUACUAGACUGUUCAACCGAAAAAAUAUAUGACGUGCUGAAACAAGCCCAACAAAUCGGAAUGAUGAGCGACUAUCACAGCUAUCUGAUCACGUCGCUGGACCUUCAUACGAUCGAUCUGGAUGAAUUUAAAUACGGCGGUACAAACAUCACAGGUUUCCGGUUAGUCAAUCCCGAUACACCAGUAGUGCAAAAAGUGCUGAAACAAUGGGGAGAAAAUUUCACCGUCAUGUCGACGGAAACUGCUUUAAUUUACGAUGCCGUCCAUCUAUUCGCUAGGGCACUCCACGACCUGGACAGCAGCCAAAAGAUUGAUAUAAAACCAUUGAGUUGCGACGCUUCUGAUACAUGGUCCCAUGGAUAUAGUUUAAUAAAUUAUAUGAAAAUAGUAGAAAUAAGUGGUCUGACCGGCGUCAUAAAGUUCGACAACCAAGGAUUUAGGACGGACUUCGAAUUGGAUGUGGUUGAAGUGAACAAAGAGGGACUGUCUAAGAUCGGCACUUGGAACUCCAGUCAAGGGAUAAACUUCACUAGGUCUUUUGUCGAAGCGUACUCUAGCAUCGUCGACAAUCUGCACAACAAGACGCUGGUCGUCACUUUGAUCCUGAGUUCGCCGUAUACAAUGCGCCGCGAAUCCAGUCAAAAAUUAGUGGGCAACGAUCAAUUUGAAGGAUACGCGAUCGACUUGAUAUACGAGAUAUCGAAAUUGUUGGGCUUUAACUAUACGUUGAAACUCGUGCCAGAUGGCCGUUACGGCUCUUACAACGAGGAUACCAAGGAAUGGGACGGGAUGAUGGGAGAGCUUUUGCAGCAGAGAGCGGAUUUAGUGGUGGCUGAUCUAACUAUUACCUACGACCGUGAACAAGCCGUCGAUUUUACUAUGCCAUUUAUGAACCUCGGUAUAAGUAUUCUGUACCGGAAACCAAUAAAACAACCACCGAACCUAUUUUCGUUUUUGUCUCCUCUGUCGUUGGACGUGUGGAUAUACAUGGCCACGGCGUACCUCGGCGUAUCGGUUCUUCUCUACAUAUUAGCCAGGUUUAGUCCGUACGAAUGGGAAAAUCCACAUCCUUGCAACUCCGAAGCUCCAGAUGUUUUUGAAAACAAGUUUUCCUUGAACAAUUCACUGUGGUUUACGAUCGGCUCUCUGAUGCAACAAGGAUCUGAUAUGGCUCCUAAGGCCGUUUCCACCAGAAUAGUGGCCGGUAUGUGGUGGUUUUUUACUUUAAUCAUGAUCUCGUCGUACACUGCUAACUUGGCGGCGUUUUUAACUGUGGAAAGAAUGGACUCGCCGAUCGAAAGCGCCGAAGACUUAGCUAAACAGACGAAAAUAAAAUACGGUGCACUUCGAGGUGGUUCAACUGCUGGAUUUUUCAGAGAUUCAAAUUUCAUUACUUACCAAAGGAUGUGGUCGUUUAUGGAAUCGUCACGACCAAGCGUAUUCAUGGCGUCUAAUAACGAAGGAGUAGAAAGAGUUGUAAAGGGAAAAGGAAACUAUGCCUUUUUAAUGGAAUCCACUAGCAUUGAGUACGUGAUCGAGAGAAAUUGCGAGCUCACUCAAGUCGGAGGACUUUUGGAUUCAAAAGGUUACGGAAUAGCAAUGCCCCCGAAUUCUCCAUAUAGAACAGCGAUUAGCGGAGCGGUGUUAAAACUUCAGGAAAUCGGUAAACUACAUAAGCUAAAAACAAAAUGGUGGAAAGAAAAAAGAGGUGGUGGAGCUUGUCGGGACGACACUUCAAAGUCCAAUAGCGCAGCCAAUGAAUUGGGCCUGGCUAACGUGGGUGGCGUGUUUGUAGUGCUAAUGGGUGGAAUGGGUGUAGCUUGUGUAGUUGCCGUAUUCGAAUUCGUAUGGAAGUCCAGAAAAAUAGCAGUCGAAGAGAGGAUCAUUAAAUACCAUACAAAGUAUAGGAAAUGAG